CCCCUCCCACUUUUGGCUUUAGAACCAAUUACCUGCCUGUCUCCAAGAACCUAUUUCUCCUGCUUUAGCCAAAAGAAUGCAGUGGUGUGAAGAUUCCAGUUGAUGCCAGUAAACCUAAUCCAAAUGAUGUGGAAUUUGAUAAUCUGUAUUUGGAUAUGAAUGGAAUCAUCCAUCCCUGUACUCAUCCUGAAGACAAGCCAGCGCCAAAAAAUGAAGAUGAAAUGAUGGUUGCAAUUUUUGAGUACAUUGACAGACUUUUCAAUAUCGUAAGACCAAGAAGACUUCUCUACAUGGCAAUAGAUGGAGUGGCGCCACGUGCCAAAAUGAACCAACAGCGUUCAAGGAGGUUUAGAGCAUCAAAGGAAGGAAUGGAAGCAGCAGUUGAGAAGCAGCGAGUCAGAGAAGAAAUACUUGCAAAAGGUGGCUUUCUUCCUCCAGAAGAAAUAAAAGAAAGAUUUGACAGCAACUGUAUUACACCAGGAACUGAGUUCAUGGACAAUCUUGCUAAAUGCCUUCGCUAUUACAUAGCUGAUCGUUUAAAUAAUGACCCUGGGUGGAAAAAUUUGACAGUUAUAUUAUCUGAUGCUAGUGUACCUGGUGAAGGAGAACACAAAAUCAUGGAUUACAUUAGAAGACAAAGAGCCCAGCCUAACCAUGACCCAAAUACUCAUCAUUGUUUGUGUGGAGCUGAUGCUGAUCUCAUUAUGCUUGGUCUUGCUACACAUGAACCUAAUUUCACCAUAAUCAGAGAAGAAUUCAAACCAAACAAACCCAAACCAUGUGCUCUUUGUAAUCAGUUUGGACAUGAGGUCAAGGAUUGUGAAGGUUUGCCAAGAGAAAAGAAAGGAAAGCAUGAUGAACUUGCAGAUAGUAUGCCUUGUGCAGAAGGGGAGUUUAUCUUCCUUCGGCUGAAUGUCCUUCGAGAGUAUCUGGAAAGAGAACUCACCAUGGCCAGUUUACCAUUCCCAUUUGAUGUGGAGAGGAGCAUUGAUGACUGGGUGUUCAUGUGCUUCUUUGUGGGGAAUGAUUUCCUUCCUCACUUGCCGUCAUUAGAGAUUAGGGAAGGUGCAAUUGAUCGUUUGGUUAACAUAUACAAAAACGUGGUACACAAAACUGGGGGUUACCUUACAGAAAGUGGUUAUGUCAAUCUGCAAAGAGUACAGAUGAUCAUGUUAGCAGUUGGUGAAGUUGAGGAUAGCAUUUUUAAAAAGAGAAAAGAUGAUGAGGACAGUUUUAGAAGACGACAGAAAGAAAAAAGAAAGAGGAUGAAGAGAGAUCAACCAGCUUUUACUCCUAGUGGAAUAUUAACACCUCAUGCCUUGGGUUCAAGAAAUUCACCAGGCUGUCACGUAGCCAGUAAUCCAAGACAAGCGGCCUAUGAAAUGAGGAUGCAUGGUAACUCUAGUCCCUCAGUAUCUCCUAAUACAAGUUUUGCAUCUGAUGGCUCUCCAUCUCCACUAGCAGGAAUUAAGAGAAAAGCAGAAGACAGUGACAGUGAGCCAGAGCCAGAGGAUAACGUCAGGUUAUGGGAAGCAGGUUGGAAGCAACGAUACUACAAGAACAAAUUUGAUGUAGACGCAGCUGAUGAGAAAUUCCGACGUAAGGUUGUUCAGUCCUAUGUUGAAGGACUAUGCUGGGUUCUUCGAUAUUAUUACCAGGGCUGUGCUUCCUGGAAGUGGUAUUAUCCAUUCCAUUAUGCACCAUUUGCCUCAGACUUUGAAGGUAUUGCAGACAUGUCUUCUGAAUUUGAGAAGGGCACAAAACCGUUUAAACCACUGGAACAACUCAUGGGGGUCUUUCCAGCUGCAAGUGGUAACUUUCUACCUCCAUCAUGGCGGAAGCUCAUGAGUGACCCUGAUUCUAGUAUAAUUGACUUCUAUCCAGAAGAUUUUGCUAUUGAUUUGAAUGGGAAGAAAUAUGCAUGGCAAGGUGUUGCUCUGUUGCCAUUUGUGGAUGAGCGAAGGCUGCGAGCCGCCCUAGAAGAGGUGUACCCAGACCUCACUCCAGAAGAGAACAGGAGAAAUAGUCUUGGAGGUGAUGUUUUGUUUGUGGGGAAACUUCACCCAUUACGUGACUUCAUUUUAGAGCUGUAUCAGACAGGUUCCACAGAGCCAAUAGAUGUACCACCUGAAUUGUGUCAUGGGAUUCAAGGAAAGUUUUCUUUGGAUGCAGAAGCCAUUCUUCCAGAUCAAACAGUAUGUUCCCCUGUGCCCAUGUUACGGGACCUGACACAGAACACUGCAGUCAGUAUUAAUUUUAAAGAUCCACAGUUUGCUGAAGAUUAUGUUUUUAAAGCUGUAAUGCUUCCAGGAGCAAGGAAGCCAGCAGCAGUUCUAAAACCUGGUGAUUGGGAAAAAUCCAGCAAUGGGCGGCAGUGGAAACCCCAGCUUGGCUUUAAUCGGGAUCGGCGGCCUGUUCAUCUGGACCAGGCAGCCUUUAGAACUUUAGGCCAUGUUAUGCCGAGAGGCUCGGGGACUGGUGUUUACAGCAGCACUGCACCGCCACCUGCCACUUACCAGGGCAGCCUAUACAGGCCGCUGUUGAGAGGGCAAGCGCAGAUUCCAAAACUUAUGUCAAAUAUGAGGCCCCAAGAUUCCUGGCGAGGUCCUCCUCCUCUUUUCCAGCAGCAGAGAUUUGACAGGUAAUGCUAAAGCAAGCAUGCUUUAAAUGCUCCCUGUAUCGACAUCUGCAGUGUGUUGGCUACUUACAAACCAAAACCUACCUAGUUUGAAAUAACACUUUCCCUCACUCCAGAUCAUUUUCCCUGCACCCGUUUUUUAGGAAAUAUGAAGUUACUACUUUAAAUUAAAAUGCUUUUGUUUAUAUAGUUUCCUAUGUUUCUUGGUUCUCUUGGUCUUUGUUUUAUUGAAGCUUUGGGGUACUCUAAAAAUGCAACACAGAGAGUUUAAAAUUGUAUUAGGUUUUUGUCAGGCUAAACAAAUUUCUUUUUAGCAGGGUUGUGCAGUUUAAUGAGGCAUAACUAAUGGUCUUCUACUUUUAUCAUGUCUGCCAGCAGCACAGCAUUAGUACAGACCAGCUAUUGAUUCUUACUACAGACCUCUUCAAGUCCUAAUCAGCUUCUUUGGUACAACUUUUUCAGGGCUGACAGGCCUAUUGUAGGGCAGUGUCACUGUAGGUCAGUAGUUAUUAGUUGCCACUGAAAACAGUUUCUUUAACUACUUAAGACUCAACUGAAUUAAAUGCAGAAGGGACUCAGAAGAGGAUUAUGGGAUCUGCAGUCUAAUAAGUACCAUGGACUUGGAAGAAUGUGACAUGGUUUAAUAACAAGGGAUGUUUGACAUGUGUUCCUUCAUUCAUAAGUUCUGUGUUCCUAAGUCAGAUGGACUAUCCAUGAGAAGUCAGCUGGGCAUGUUAUGAAUAAUUAUAUUAACAUCUGUAGGAUAAUAUUUUUAAUGGUGCUUUAAAAUCCAGGCUGGGUUGUAUUUUGCUAUCAUCAAUAAAUGCAAAAACAGAUGGAGUCCCAUCACAGUAAAGCUUCCUUU